GCACAAACCUGGAUACAUACAUUCCUCAGAAUCAAUAAAGGUUAAAUGCGAACCUUGCAAAUCUGGUUCAACGUACUCAAAUACACAUGAUUUCAGCCAGUGCAAAAAUUGUACCCAAUGCAAAGAUAAAGAAAUCUUCACAGGAAUAUGUAAGCAAGGAUGAAAUCCAUUGCACAGGGGUAUGUAAAGAAGGAUUUUAUUGGGCUAAUGCAACAGCAUCCUGUAUCACAUACAGUCAAUGCUGUAGGGAUGGAAAUAAUUCUGGUUGUGCUAAAAGCUGUCCUCCUGAGUUGUCCAAUAAGAACUGUACCUCGACAGCAAAUGGUACUCACGGCACUAGUAAUGGUAAUGGUACUCACGGCAGUAAUGCUAAUGGUACUCAAAGCAAUAAUAUUACUAACAGUACUGAUAGCAAUAGGACUAGUCCUACUAAUGGCAAAAUCCCAAGAGAUCAUGAAGACAACGUCAGUCCAAAGGAUGAUGCAAAUACUAAAGGAUCAUUAACGCCUGGGCAACUUGCACUUGCGAUUUUGUGCCCUCCACUGUUGAUAUUUUGUGUAUUCCUUAUAUGUUUAUAUUGUAAAGCACGCAGAGCACAAACAGGAAAUAGACCAGGUCUCCAUGGCAUUAAUUGUGAUAACAUAGUUCUACCCAGAUUUACUAAAUUACAUUUGUCAUCGGCUGAAAGCAUUGAAGUAGACUGCUUUAACAAUGAUGAAGUUGAGGCAUUGGGUUCACUCCAAGGGACUGUUCCAAUGAACUUGGGUGAAAGUUGUAAUGCAGAAAAUGGAACUGAUUGUCAGGGUGAAGCUAACAAGAAUCAAGUUGGGUUCUUGGUGAAUAUUUGGCCAAAUGUUGAAGAAGUGGAUAUGUCCCUUGAAGAAGGGCUUCAGAUAUGUCAGUAUGAAGUUCCAAUGAACUUGGAUGAAAGUUAUAAUGCAGCAAAUGGAACUAUUUAUCAGGGUGAAACUAACAAUAAAGUUGAGUUUGAGGAUGUUUGUUUAAAAGUUAAAGAUAUGCCUCACAAGGAAAGGGAAAAGAUAUGUCAAAAACUAAACCAAAGGGAUAGUUUCUACCUAGACUAUCGUACAUUGGGAACAUCACUUGGUAUGAAGAACAUUGAAGUUGAUCAACUAUGCCAUGAAUCUUCACCUACAGAGUGUAUUCUGCAAAAGUACAAGGAAACAGAUUUAGAGCAUUUCCGCCAAGAAGUUAGAGAAAUAGAGAAGAGGUUAGAGUCCUGUGUAGCUAAGGGGGUGCCAACUGAAAAAUGAUCUAUAAUAAGUAGACUUAUGAGUAGUACUGGUUCACGAAGGACUUAGAGUUCUGUGUAGAUAAUGGGAUGUAAUUGACAUUUGACCUUGAAGAAUAAGUGGACUUAUGUGAGUGGCAUUAGUUGAGGCUCAGUCAUAAUUAGAAGCAAAGGCAUAAUAAUGUAACAAAAUGGAAACGGUUUGGAAGCCCAACACCAAAAAGCAGAGAUAUUGUUUUUGUUAGUGCAGCUGUUGCCCAAUAGGCAAAUAAUUUUUUUUAUAUUGGAUUUGUUCAUUGUGUUUUUAGUGGAAAACAUUGGAAUUCAUGACAUUUUGGCCAUUUUGGCUUCUUGAAUGCUUUUAAAUACUUUUUUUAGAAAAGGUUUCAUUGAUAGUUCUUUGUAUUUAUGUGAGAUGCUGGCAUCUUACAAUUUAAGUCAAUACAUGCAGGUGUGAGAAUAUUAGUCAGAACUUCUUACAGCCUUUUCUUCGGGAAGUUCUUAAUAGAUGUAAGUAAUAUAAGUAGCAUUAAUGGAGGGCUGGACCUUUCAUCAUAUUUAUGUUACACAUAUAUAAUCAUUAAAUAUUCUAGCUUAUGAAUUUUCUAACUUAUAGGAGGUUUAUUGUUUUUUAAAGUAGAGUAAAUGUUUUUCUAUUUUUAUGGGCUGCGUGUAUUAAAAUUAUUAAAAUGUUCAUGACUGCACUCAGUGUUGAACUAUAACAAUAGUGUAGAAUUGUAGAAUUAUAGGAAUUUUAAUAUAUUAAUAAAAAUUACUUCAUUUUU